AUGACCACGAUUCGGAUAAUCAAAUCUUACACACCCAACCAGACAGUGGUCAUACAGAUUUUCCCAAUCACAAAACCAUCACAAAUAAUAACAGCAGGUUACAAACACAUGCAUAGUAACAGUCAAUCAAACUUACUUCGAAAAGCCCCAGCCCAUAGCACCCACAGAAUUACCAGGCCCGGCUGGGACUCCCGGGUUCCUCCCUGGCCUCCUCACCGGGUCCCCUUCCCUAGCCCGCCUUCCCGGGCCGGAGCUCCCAGGUCCCUCCUCCUCCUCAGAGCCCGGAGGAGCCGCCAGCCUCACCCCGGCCACGGUCGGUCGUCUGCGCCUGCGCACUCCCGCGAGGCCCGAGCUCCCAGGAGUCUGCGGGGCGGCCGGCCAGGAGCGGCGCCGUCCCGGCUGCCGGCGCUUUAUGUUUGUGUCAGCGUCCCCGCUUCUGCGGCUGCGACUAGGCUUCUCGCAAGCCCUGGGAGAGUUAAGGACCUUCGACCUCUGCUUCGUUUUCCGCUAGCUCUGCGGUCAUCGUUUUCCGUGUGGCGAGUUGAAGGGACCCAGGUCUGGGUGCGGGAAGAGCUAGCUCACCGCAGGUCGGGCGGAGUUUCCCAGGUGCCGAUGGGCAAGUGGAGGCAGGAGUCUCAGCCUCUGCUGAGGAAGGAGAGUGGGGCUUCAUCUUUGCAGUUCUGGGGCUGAGGAAUCUGUGGACAAGAUCCCUGUGUGACUCGAUCUCUGCCUAUCAAAGACUCUGAGGCCCUUGUUAACCACAGAGGCCUCCUGUUCUAGAGCGUGGCCUCUGUUGCCCUGCAUCCAUUGUCCAGCCUAGUGCUUAAUACGCAGUAGGCAUGCAGUACAUUAAGUGGAUCCUAUUGUGGAGCUAAUCCUAAAUUCCAUGGUUUCUUGCAAUUUGUUGCAGUGGGUUUUUUUUCACUGCCUCUGUCAUUUCACCUUAUAACCAGGCUGCACAGAAAUGUUAGCUGCACAAAAUGGCUGUCAAAGGGAAGUUGAGUAUUUGGGACCUAGAAUGAAGGUCCCAAUUUAAAAAGCACAAGCUUGUGUUUGUUAAUGGUGAUUUUAGGGCUGGAAUUGCCCCCAGGGCAGGGUCCUUGGAAGACGUGAUAUUGAGGGACAAAGAGUAGGAUUCCUUCCUCCAAAGAUUCCUUUUGGAAGCUCUUUGGGGGCAAGCUGCAUAUUGCAGAUGCACAGCAUUUCCAUAGCUCUGUCGACAGGAAACUGCUGUGAACAUAGAAACAGAUUCCAGUCCCAGGCUUCAGUGAACCUAACUUUUCUGUAUGAUACAGGGAAGAGUCAACAGUAUUCCAGUCUUCCUCACCCUUCAUCUGGGUCUGUUUAAUAUGGAUGCUGGAGGCUUGCUAGUGAUGAAGAAUGUCUUCUUAUUUACCCUGUCUGGGCUCCAAGAAAGGCCUGCUAUGUCAUAAUUCCCUUUUCCUUCCAAGUUUUGCUUUAUUCCAAAAAAAAGGGCCAUGAGAGGAGAAAAGCAUUGCAGUUGCACAUCUCAAAGCUAAGCUAGAGGUCAUUUUGAACUUUGUCUUUAUGAAAUGCAUUGUUGUUUUUCAGGAUAGAGAACAACUUCAUCUGAAAUGCCCUGCCAAAUAGUGGCUUAACCAUUUACCUGGUCUCUAGGCCUUCUCUUCCCAGUUCAUGAGGGUCCUAUGAGGAUGGAUCCCCUUCUUUCCCAGUUCCUCAUCAGAUACCCUUCCUACAGUUCAUUUUCCUGUGACCACUUGCAACACCUCCCCCUUGUGCUCUUUUUGUCUCCUGAUGCAGAAAUAAUCGUCCUAUUUACUGUGAUUAGUUCAGAGACCAAUGCUUAGGUAGAAUUACACAUUAGAUACAUUAGAUAUUCUUCAGAGAGGUAAGCAGAAAAAUGGCAAGGGAGGAGAAGAUUUGAUUGAUUUCAGUAAGUAACAGUUCUGUUUGAAGGCUUUUAGGAGUAAGAAUAUUAUUGGGGGUAUAUGCAGAGAGAUCUCUGUCAAGAAAGGCAGGAUUUUUUCCCCAGAGAAUCCAUUGGGAGAUUUAUGUGGUACCAACGAAUUCUUGUAUAAGAUUUGGCAGCAUCAGGUUUUUUUCAAGUCAUAUAAUUGUGUCGACUGAGAGACAGUAGGGUAUAAUGGUCUCUGAGUGUUGGCAGGGAUCAGCAAACUGUGACCCUGCAGGCCAAAUCCAGUUUGUAGCCUAUUUUUCGUAUGGCCCAUGAACUAAGACUGGUUUUUAACAUUUUUCAAUAAUUGACAACAUAUCAAAAGGAGAACAAUAAUUCAUAACUUGAAAAUUAUAUGAAAUUCACAUUUCAGUGCCCAUAAAUAAAGUUUUGAAUUUUGUCAAUAAAAAAAUUUGUGGGGCCAGCCCCUGUGGCCUAGUGGUUAAGUUCAGCAUGCUUCGCUUUGGCAGCCCAGGUUCAGUUCUGGGCACAGACCUACACUGCUCUGUUAGCAGCCGUGCUGUGCUGGCAGCCCACAUAGUAAAACAUAGAGGAAGAUUGGCAUGGAUGUUGUUAGAUAAGCACCUAUAUAAUAUCCUUGAUUUUGCCUUUUGGCCCACAAAGCCUAACAUAUUUACUAUCUGGUCCUUUACAGAAAAGUUUGCUGACCCCCAAUCUAGAGUAUCUGAAUUAAAAUUUUAGUUUUGCUGCUUAGUAUUUGUGAGUUUGGGCAAUAUAUUCAAUGUUUCUGUUCCAUAGUUUAUUGUUUGUAAAAUACAAAUAAUAGUACCAAUUUCAAAGAGUUGCUAUGAGGAUUGGGAGAGUUAAUAUUAACAGAGCACUAGAAGAGUGGCUGACAAUAAUGUGCCUAAAAACCUGUUAUUAUGUAGAUAAUUCUAAGUCAUUCCACAUUCAUAGAUAAGGAGCAGUGAAACUAUGAAGUUAAUUGUAAUGAGCAUUGGUAAAGAAGAAAAUGAGCCGCAUGCUCAGAUGGUCUAGAACAGGAAUCCUUCACUGCUGGGAGCCGUGGCUACAUCAUCUGAUGGGCUGCUUGACAGGGUCCAGCCGAUUAACGCCGAGGGGUGCAGCGUCACCCCUUGGUAAAGAAUAACCGGCCGGCCCCUCACAUAGUUCUGAAACCUGUGCUGCUUCUAAUUGCCCUUCAUUCCUUGUCCUUUCGUAACCUCCAGUUUUCACUCCUUUGGGCGGCUGCUUGGGAGGCACUACCUCCCAGGAGAAUUAAAUAUAGUAAGAGACUGUGACCACCGCAUAAGCCUUCAGAAUAUCGCAAGGGGCAAGCUCCCCCUGACACACAUAGAUAGUGGAAGAACUUUUCUCGCUAAUGAGGGGUUCGUACUGAAGAGAGUAUUUGGAUCAAAGCAGCUGCCUCCUUCUGGUUGAUGUUUUGCUCUUCCUCCAGUUUCCCUGAUAAGCAUAGAUAUACUUCUUCCUCUGUAGUUAAGUAGAAUUUUCCUCCAUAUGUUAGUUAUUGAAAAAUAUAUUAUUCCCCUGCAUGUGUUUGGCAAACUAUUAUAGAAGUCUUUUCUUAAUUGCUGAAGUCGCUUUUGUGCAGGAAAAGAUAGUUAACCUCUGCCUCCCUAAAAGUUAACUCUGUUCCCUGUAAGUAUGCACUUAAUCAAUGAAUGCUUUGUGGUUUACUCUGCAAGAACAUCUGUAACUGCUAUAUUUAUCCCCUGCUAAAAAAGAUAUAAAAACACUGUAUAAACCAGUAAAGACAGACUUGCUUUGUACUUCCUUAUCUCUCUGAGAAUAUUUGUAGAGCUAUUUCUGUACUAAUCCUGAAAAAUAUAAAAACGACACUUGUGCACAGUAAAGUCAGACUUGAUUGCACUGACUCAAGCCUCAGGUCUCCUUCUUGUAUAUAGCGCUGACUCGGUCUCUCCCUCUGCUGGAGCUGGACUCCGGCACUUCACAUUAAAAUAUUUGCCUUGAAAUUGUAAACCAAAUUAUUGUAUGUUUAUUUUAUGAACGCAUAUUUUUCCUGGGGAAAAACUCUAUAAUUUUAUGAGACUAUGAAAGGUAUACAUGACCCAAACAGGUCUGAACCACUGACCUAGAAUCAUCAAUAGCUUACACCUGCAAGUGUAAUUUCCUGUAUUAUGUAAAUGUUAAUCACAUUACAUCUAGGUGAUUAACAUUAUAUAGAUAAUGAAGAUAUUCUAACAUAAAAAAUAUAAAAUGCAAUGCUGCACAAUAUUCAUGUUAUUGAACAAAAGUACUCAAGAAGUUGCUAAAUUAUAAAUCACUUUAUUAUAGGCAUUUCUUAGCAAUUUUUCAAGGAUUAUAUCCAAUAUGAUACAUUAACUGGUCAUUCAGUGGAAAAAGGCAAUGAUAAAGCCACAUUUGUUAAGCAUUUUCUAUGGACCAAAAACUGUUUAGUCUGAAAGUGUCACUUAAUUGAGUUGUGCUUAUUCACAGGAGAAUCUUAACAUGGAAAGUGUCUUGUUAUAUUGAUGAAACACAGGUAAAAGAAGAUACAAGACUUGGUAGGUUUAUUUGUUUCAUUCAUGCUGGUUUCAGUGCCGUCACCUGUCAUUUUGCCAGCCUGUUUGCUCAGUUUUCAUAAUAAGUAGGAGAUAGCCCUCCCUCCAGCUCUUUUUAGAAGAAAGCUUUAAAUAGGAACAGGUAUUGUUGUAUAUUCCUGAUGAUGGAAUUAACACAGUCUUGUUGGAAAAAAAUUAGUAAUCUAAGUUGAACUUAUGAAAUAGAAAGUUAAAGUUCUCAGUUUUAGCAUACAGAAAUAAUCAUUAUGAACAUUUUGGUGUACGUUCUUAUAAGUUUUUCCCUGUGCUUAUGUUUAUGUGAUUUUGUUUUUUCAGAAAAAUUGACACAAAUUGGUCAUUUAAAUGAGAAAAGACCUAACUCUUAGUUAGAAAAAGGAGUCCAACCCAAUCAUUUGUUGUUUUGUUGUACUUCCAUGUAUGUAGUGUCAAAUGACAAAACUGAAACAAUUUUGAUGUCCUUUAUUCAAGGGAAAGCAAUCUGUGCAUGGGGGGAGUGCAGGCCUCACAAACAGUGGAUCAUUCUUCCAGAGGGAUUUUGGGCAAGAGACAGUUUUAUAGAAUGUUAGAAGAGGCAGCUCUAGAACAGGGCAUGGUUCUCUAGGAGGUUGGGGAUUUCCUUAUAAGAUAGCAGGUCCUAUUUUCUGGGGUAAGAUAAGCUAGCUAAAGCUGAGUUGGAGGAUUGGGAUUGGUGUAUGUGAGCUUUCCUUGACAGUGAGGCAUCUCCCCUAAGUGUAGGUUGGUUUAGGUUUAGAUUUGUGACUGGGCUGGUCCACUGGGGUGGCCUCCAUUUUGUGGGUCCUGACAUAUGAAUUAAUUUUAUCAGUAGGGAUAAGAAGGAAGUGACAAUGCUGCCCAACUGAUUUGACAAACCUUCUGAGUAUUCACACCUUUUGGAAUUGUAGAUAUCAAUUUAUGCAUAAUUCCAGGAGAACAAAUUAUCAAGUAAGGCUACUCACAAUUAAGUAUUUAAUUUUUUGUUUUUCUUUCUUUUUUUUUUUUUUUUUUACAGAUUUAGAUAACUUUAACAAGACAGCACUAAUAUCUCAAGACCAGGUAUCUUAGGAGAUUCCAUUAUACAAGUCAUGCUGACAAUGUGGGUUUAUAAUUUGAGAUAAUAGAAUUCGAUGUUAGUAGUUAUAAAUAUGCAUAAAUGAGUUAGACAGGAAGCAAGAUUGAAUUUUGUUAAUAUUUUCAUUUUCUUACCUAAAUGGGUCUGAUUCUCUGAACUAGUUUUAUGAAGCAGAACGGUGUCCCUCGCUCUGCACAGCUGCUGUCCUCGUUUUCUUUCUGAAACUCUUUGUGGGUAAUGUUGUUAGUAAAGACUAAUUAACAUUCACAAGCUGUGCUCUGUAAUAUAUUAGCAUUACAAGGAAGAGCAGAUCUAAGAAACUCAAAUUUCACUCUCAGAAAAAAAUGGUAAGAACAGAAGAGAAUUUCCUUUAAUAGUAAUGGAUUACAGGACAUGAAAUAGUCUCUUCAUCAUCAAUAAAAAAUAGAUAAUAUUUUGUUGUUUUUUCACUUAAUCCUGACAACAGUUCUUUGAAAAACUAUUGUUUUUUUCCUUUUAUUGCUAAGGAAAUCUAGGCAGUGCAGAUAUAAUACUUACUAAGACACUUUCAGAGCUAAAAUUGACAUACUGGAACUUUAACCACAGAGCUUGUUCUUAUUUACAACUGUACAUAAUGUUGAUGCAAAUAAUCCAUAAUCAAUCUAUAAAUCAAAAUUGGGGUGAGUUUAUCAUGAGC